GACACCUCCACGCCUCCACGUUUCGCGGCUCGACAAUCUCGGACUAGGACUCGGAGCCCUCCAUCUCGACUCUCGUCUCUCCACAUCCCACAUCCUCGGCCGCCAUGAACAUUUUCCGCUUCUUCGGCGACUUGUCGCACCUCGCGUCCAUCUUCAUCCUCCUGCACAAGAUCCAGACGUCGCGGUCAUGCCGCGGCAUUAGCUUCAAGUCACAGGCGCUGUACCUGCUCGUGUUCGUCAUGCGCUACCUCGACCUCUUCACAAACUUCGUGUCGCUGUACAACAGCAUGAUGAAGCUCUUCUUCAUCGGUUCGAGCGCAUACGUGCUGUACCUCAUGAAAUUCCGCUUCCGGCCCACGCAGGACCCCGCUCUCGACACGUUCAACGUCGCAUACAUCCUCGGGCCUUGCGCGCUCCUCGCCCUCAUCUUCAACUACCGCUUCACGUUCAUGGAGAUCACUUGGAGCUUUAGCAUCUGGACUGAGAGUGUCGCCAUCCUGCCCCAGCUUUUCAUGCUGCAGCGCACCGGCGAGGCCGAGACCAUCACGACGCACUACCUCGCCGCUCUUGGGCUGUACCGUGCGCUCUACAUUCCCAACUGGAUCUGGCGCUACUUCACCGAGGACGGUGGCUUCGACCCGAUCGCCGUUACGGCUGGUAUCAUCCAGACCGCAGUCUACGCCGACUUUGGAUACAUCUACGUCACCAAGGUUCUCCGCGGGGAAAAGUUCGAGCUUCCCGCGUAAAGAGGCGCAUACUCGUCCAUCUGGAAUGGAGGAUGGCGUUUGGGCGGGCGACGCGGAGCUGGCCCCGCAUCACUUACGCGCAGAGCGUGCGCCGCCGCUGCAGGG